AUGAGUGUUUUAUUUGCUUAUGUGAAGAGAUGUUAUAAAUGUUAAUGGGGGAAAACCUAUAUUAUGAAAACAGAGAAAGGAGAAUUUACAGGUGAAAGUGCUCCAUUAUGGAAGAAUGUAUCACCUGCAGCUUUUUUGGCAUAAUGCAUAAUUUCAAUGUUAAUGAUUGCAGGAGUUAUAGUUGCAUAUGUAAUUGAAAUUAAUGGAUUGGAUGAUAAUUGUACAGUCUCAUAUAAGCCAUGGAUUAUAGGAUAAUUGAUAGCAGUGUUUUUCUCUGGAAUUCUAGAUUUUUAUAUAUAUAGAGUAAAAUAUGCAUCAGAUGAUAGAUGGUUUAGAUUAAUAGUUGUAAUAUUAUGUUAAAUAGCUCUAUUGGUAGCUAUAGGUGGUAUUUCUUUUUUUUAGGGUUUAAAAGUAAUAUUAGGAUUGGGUGAUUAAUGUUAAUUGCCAGAUGAAGGAGAUGAGAAUACUUAAACUUAAGAUGAAUAAGAAUAUUAUACACCUGAAAAUGUAUUUGGAAAUUAAAUUUGGAUGGCAAACUUUUUUAUUUCUGCAACUACUUUAUUAAUUUUAUUGAUUAAACUAAUUGUCUUAUGUUUCUUAACAAAAAAUAUAUACUUUAGCACUUCUCGUUUUGUUGCUAUUGCUUCGAAACCAGAAGAAAAGAAAUUUGUUGAUUGA